GCAAAAAAAAAUCCCAACAAAAUCUGCGGAAGUAGCGAAGGCGGGAAAAUUUAUUCAAAUUUGUAAAUUAUUUGAAGUAGGCAAAAUUUACAAAGCACACCACGUGCCGCUUUCACUCCCAGAGCCAAAAAUGUGGUGCCUUACAUAUACAAAGACGAAUCAGACGCAGUGGAGAAAGGUUACACUUUUGAAGAAUUGGAAUUUACCUAGCCUUCCUAUAAGAAUGAUUCUAUCGUGACACCGAUUGAAAAUUUGAGUAUAUGGAGUGGCGGAAAUUGGGUGAAAUGUACAGUGAAAACUAAUUUACUUCUAAGAAUGCAUUACGACCAACUUCUUAUAACUUGUGAAGAUAAAGUUUUAGAAUCUAUAAAUACUAGCAAAAAACUCAAGGGCAUUUUUAAAGACGAUGUUUUAAUUUUGAUUAUUAACGCAGAUGGUCAAGAGGUGAGGAAAAUUAAAUUUCAAAUCAGAGAGAAUUUACUGCAAUGCCUGCAAGAACUGAAAGCUCGCUUUCCUGUAGUGAGCUAUGGCUCAGUGGCGAGUAAAUGUAAAAUUACAACGAAGUAUAAUGAUGUAAAAGACGUUUUUAAAAGUGUUUUGGAAGACAAAGUGAAGCUAAAUGAAUUGCCAAUACCCGAAAACUACUCGAGUUUCAUGAAACUAUGUCUACUCGAUCCCGCGUUUCCGCAGUUAGUGCAGCAAGCUAAGCAAAUACUUGAUACAAAAGUAUUGAAUAAAGAAUCAUUGAUGUAGAUUUUUUUAGUAAAAAUGAAUUAAAUAGAAUCUGCUUAUUUUAUUUAGCACUUUUAUUUCCUCAUCAUAGC